AUUCAUUCGGCAUUCACUCUUUCAGUCUGCUCCCAACCUCUGACCGAGGAGGUGUAUUCGUGUUCGAUUUAUGCUUAACGCGUUUCGGUGUGAUUUGUGUUUGUAUUGUGGUGUACAAUGGCAUACAACGGUGGUGGAGGCAAAAGACUAUGCGCGAGUACCGAUCUUGAGGUAGAGCGGAGUAAUGGCAACAAUUACAUGUCCGGCGAACCGCGUCGUAAGAGGGAGCUUCCAGCGCGACCCAAUCACAUUCUACUCUACACUAUCAUAAACCCAGCGUAUCCUAUUACUGUGGAUGUCAUACACACUAUCAGCUCACCUCACGGACAGGUUCAGAGGAUCGUGGUCUUCAAGAAGAAUGGAGUACAGGCGAUGGUUGAAUUUGAGAGCAUCGACUCGGCGACGAGAGCCAAGGAGGCGCUACACGGCUGCGACAUAUACUCUGGAUGCUGUACACUCAAGAUUGAAUUUGCCAAGCCAGAAAGAUUGAACGUCUUCAAAAACGACCAAGACAGUUGGGAUUACACAUUGUCCGAAGAAGCUCAACCUGUGCAAAGAAGUGCACCGCUUCUACAAUCACCCCAGUAUACAGGAGGGCGACCCCAGCCGUACAAUUCCACCACAUCGACCUCGCUACCGAGGUCAUGCAGCGAGGGGACAUGCAGUGAACACUGCCAGAACACCUCCGACCAGAACGAUAUGGAUUUCGGUAGUGGUGGACCACCUCCGCCGGGGAUGAUGAAAGAUCGACACGGUCCUCCCCCUCCACAUCAUCCGCGCGAUGGUCGCGGCUACGGUCCAGAGGGUUACGGGGGCGAGGGCUUCGUCCCGCCUCCGCCCAUGCACCACCCGAUGCCGCCGCAGAAUCAGGUAUAUGAAGGAGGUCCUCCACAGCAGGGCGCUGUGAUGAUGGUGUACGGUCUCGAUCCAGUCACUAUCAACGCUGACCGACUCUUCAACCUGUGCUGUCUCUAUGGAAACGUCGUUAGAAUAAAAUUCCUAAAAACAAAGGAAGGCACUGCGAUGGUUCAAAUGGGUGAUGGCGUGUCCGUUGAGCGUUGUGUCCAAAACUUGAACAACGUUACCGUCGGGGAUUACACACUUACGCUCGCGUUUUCUAAACAGGCGUACCUAUCAGAGGUGAUGAACCCCUACCCUCUUCCUGACAAGAGUCCCUCGUUCAAGGAUUACGUCGGCAACAAGAACAACAGGUUCCUGACACCUGCCUCCAUACACAAGAACAGAAUACAACCUCCGUCCAAGGUGGUACAUUUCUUCAACACCCCACCGGAUGUGUCAGACGAGCAGCUGUUGCAGGUGUUCCACGACUACGGGGUCACGCCGCCGCAUACAGUGUCCAAAUUCCCGCUCAAGAGUGAGAGGUCCUCGUCGGGGCUGAUGGAGUUCCAGAACAUCUCUCAGUCUGUGAUGGCCAUCAUGGCCUGCAACCACGCGACCAUACAGCAUCCAGGUGCAAAGUUCCCGUUCGUUAUGAAGCUGUGCUUCUCGUCGUCACGUCAGAUCGGUCAGAAGGGGCAGGGGGACAGGCAGGGGAAGGGUCAGACCGGACAGGCGGGUCAGGCGGGUCAGACCGGCCAGGCGGGGCAGGCGGGUCAGACCGGUCAAAACAACGGCAUCGACGAUGACUACUACUAACGGCGGGGCGGACAACACACAAACACACAUAUCAAGACGGGAGACACACACACACCAAGAGUGGGGGGACAAGUAUUGCCAUUGCUAGAAAUUAUAUAUAUAAAUAUCUCAAUACAUACCAGCAUUACAAAACAAUGGGUGAUGCAAUGGCAACAUUUCUUAUAAUUCCUUUAUAUUCUAUGUGAUGUAGUUCACUCAUAAAGACAUUAACAGUUAGUUUUCUCUUUUCUUUAAUUAAUCUAGACACAGUUCAGGUUACACGGUUACAUAUUAUAACAUUUCCAUGUUUUUCCUUUUUGUUUGUUUCGUUAUAACGGCGGCCGCACCGGCGCGGCCGGGACGGUUUCAUGUCGUUCAAUUCCCAUUAUUAUAGAUUAGUUCUUAAUGUGCUCUGUGUCGUUUUCAAACUGUAAGGCGUUGUACACACUGCGACCGCGUUUUUCGUUUCGUUUGAGGAUGGCACGGUGAUUAUUAGUUUUUAUAAUUAUUUUUUCUUCGUGCGCAAAGUUUGUGAAAGGUGUAGAUUUUAUGUUACGUCGUGUAGGUUUCCGCUUUGCGUAUCUCUGUACGGAAACAUCGUUGUGAAUUUUUUUUUUAAAUGGAAAUUAAACUGUGGUUUAAGGUAGUAAAUGAGUUUUAUUUUAAACGAUAUAUAUAUAUGUUUGUUUCUGCUUGCGUGCAUGUUUCUUGCAUUUUUUUGUUAGUCUCUGAAUCGGUUUCGAUGUUUUAAGAACCAACAUAUAUUGUAAGGUAGUCUAGCGAACCUUAGGCUAUAUAUAUAGUAAGUGUCAUUGCGAUGUCAAUUAUAUUCAACUAGUGAAAGAAAUUACAACAGAUUUUCUAUAAAUUUUCUUAAAAAUUUGAAUAAAAAUUGUGGCUAUUCUCGGUUAGAGGUUUUGGUAAAAUUUUGCAACUACCUCCGUAGGUGAUUGCGAAAUUCAAUAAUAGCCUCGCACCUGACUAGAGCUGUUUUUCAUUUUUUAUUGUAUAGAAUUAAUGUAUGGUGUGGAAAUUGAAUUGUAGCAUGUCUAUAUAGCUGUUUAUAAUAUGCACUUACCUUGAGACGAAUCGACAAUAGCCCCUGUAUUGUAAACAGUUCUAUAGCCGGCCAUAUUCCUAGCUCAUCAGGAUUUAGAUGCAUAUCUUUUUAUCUAGAGAUAUCUCAAAUAAAUGUUCUAGAUUAGGACUCGGUGUCGUGAUAGAUUUGUGUUUGAAAUUGUAAAUGUUAAAAAAUAUUUGAACAUAUAUUGUAUUAUUUCACGAACAUUUCGACCCAACCGACAGCAUACCACGCUCAGUACAUGACAUGUGAUAGGGGACUCCAUAAACAGAACACAGAAACUGCACUCUAGCCGUACAUGUAAGAUGUAAUUUAGUUUUUUUCUUUAUAGACAUUGGUAUUAGGUAUAGCGACAUGUUUAACAUUAAAUACAUGGCAACACUAAACCUCUUUCAUUUCGACACUUAUCUUAGUACACCCUUCGACACAUAUUAUAUAAAAUAAAUACUUCAAUAGAGAAAAAUAUAUUAAAUGAACGAUCUCCAAAAUAUUGACAAUACGACCAAAGAACACAAACCAAAGGUAAGUCUUAACCUUAUAAUUCUAACUGACAAAUGUUUGAGUUUGAUUAUGUUAAUGUCUGUUCAGGAAUAUAUAUUAUUCUGUGUUAAAACACAUCACUACUUACUGACCUGCCAUUGUCGUUUUUGCUCAAAUAUAUAUUUACAAAACAAAGUAAUUGUAUAUUUACAUAUAUUGUCUGAAUUUUCUCACCAAAAUUAUUUGUGUGGACGAACGAGUGAAAGUAUCUUCGUUGUAAAUAGUAAAUUUAUGAAUAUAUAUUUUUAUUGUUAAGUCUAUGUAAAGUUAUUAUUAGGAUGCUGCACGUAAGGCGCAAAAAAUGUAAAUUGUAUAGAAAUAAAAAAUGUUUUUGAUUGA